AGAGCAGGAUGCCCCGCCACAAGAGCCCCAUGGCCCGCAUCUGACCAAGUCCUCUAGCCCGUACCAUCACAUGGAAGACAAACUUCGGCAGAUCGAGAGACAGAUGGCCGCGCUGGAGAAGCUUCCUAGCGGUACCGAUCUUCUGAGCCGCACUGCCUCAACCACAACACCGGUCAACGACUUGUGGCAGCUGAUGCAGCUCCGCCGCAAGGCUCAGGCGAGUGAGGACGGCGUGUCCAAGUCUAUGUCGCUGAUCCAGGAUCUGCUGAAGGAGAUCCAGGACCUGAAGGAGUCCAGAGACGACCUGAAGAAAGAGGUCAAGAGCCUCCAGAACCAACUCAACCAGCUGAAUAUGAGUGAGCUGGUUGACAGAAUCAACGAAGUGGAACAGUACUGCCACCGACUGGACAACCUGGACUCUGCCACCAAAGAGCUGCAGGACAGAGUUGGGCGUUACCCAGACCCAGACGAGCUCAUCCAGUGUGUGACCUGGGACAUCAUGCAGACCACCUUGGUUAGCGAGCAACAGAAUCUGCAAAAGCGGAGCUGCUGCCUCAAUGCCAGCCAGCAUACUCCCUCUCUGGCAGCUGCUGCCUUCACUCCUGGCACUGUCACUGCCAGCCAGCAUGGGGGCUGCCCCAGCAGUCCCUCUCUGAUGGAGCUGCUGCCUUCACUGCACCACUGCCAGCCAGCAUGGGGGGAGCCUGCCCCAGCAGUCUCUGAUGGAGCUGCUGCCUUCACUCCUGGCACUGUCACUGCCAGCCAGCAUGGGGGCGCUGCCCCAGCAGUCCCUGCUGCCUUCACUCGUGUGGCCAGCGGGGCUGCCCCAGCAGUCCUUCUCUGA